GGAUCGUCCAGCCGUUUCAUGACGUUCAUACAGCUAGCUAGCUAACAACAGAGUCGGCUGAUAACUUCAGUUCUUCAAGUUCAAAUACAGUAGUGCCAUUUCGUAGGUUGAGGAUUCUGGAGCGCCAUGGCGGAAAAACAUCCUUCGUAUCAUAAUCUCCCGGAUCGCACACCGAUUCGACAGCGAGGUGGACUGGGUCUUUCAUCUACUGUUCUCCUGGCCGCGGUGGUGUUCCUCUUGGGGAAUAGCCUACCUAAAAUAAGCUGGAUAUCGAUCCCAGGUGUCUCUGAGGCUCUCAAUAAAGAACCGAGCACGAAGUAUUCAGUAUCCGAUCUGACCGCUGCCAAAUGCCCUCCUCAACCUCCACUCUUGGACAAGGGAUCCGACUGGAAUCCAAUGACCGACGACGCUUUCAUUGAACUCGCCUCGAAGCGACUUUCCAAAGCUGUACAGAUAGACACCGUUUCUUUCGAUAACAUGCCGAUGGACGCUUCCGACUCUGCCUUCGAUAAGCACUACAAGUUGUCUGAAUGGCUGGAAUCCGAAUACCCAAACCUCUUCAAAGCGCCCCUCAAGCACGAAUACGUCAACACCCAUGGACACUUGUUCACCUGGGAGGGUACGGAUUCCAAGCUAAAACCUAUCCUGUUGAUGGCUCAUACCGACACGGUACCCGUUCUACCCGCCACGCUGGACCAGUGGACUUUUGAGCCUUGGUCAGGGAGGAUCGAGUCUGAUGUCCUGCCUGACACACCAGGCAAGUGGAUCUGGGGAAGAGGUUCAAGCGACUGCAAGAACCAGCUACUAGGCACUUUCAACGCUGUGGAGAGGCUUGUGCAAGAAGGCUACAAGCCAGAGCGGACCAUUCUGAUUGCGAAUGGGUUUGAUGAAGAGGUUGGCGGUUUCCGUGGGGCACAAUCGAUAUCAAAGGUCAUGCAAGAUCGUUAUGGCCCUAAUUCCAUCGCUUUCGCUCUGGACGAAGGAUUUUCAGGCAUCUCAACUGAGUAUGGGGCCAGUGUGGCAUCUUUCGGCAUGGCCGAGAAAGGAGCGAUCAACGUGGUCAUCAGAGUCGAAAAUCCAGGGGGUCAUUCCAGUGUCCCACCGGAACACACCGGUAUCGGAGUCAUGUCUCUCAUCCUCACCGCUUUGGAAGCACACCCGUUCCGACCUGAGUUGAACCCAAUGGGACCCUUCAUCAAGCACCUCUCGUGUCUUGCUGAUCUAGCCCCGGAUGCUCCAUCAAAGCUGAAGAAGGACCUCAAGAAUCCCAAGAAGUGGGACAAAAUGGCUCGGGAUCUGGCUGGAGGUGACCGGAUCAUGAAUAGUUACUUGGCUACUACACAAGCGAUCGAUAUCAUUGGCGGUGGUGUCAAGAUCAACGCUUUGCCAGAAUAUGUCGAAGCCCAGGUCAAUUCUCGGAUUUCGUUCACCUCAUCAGUUGACGAGACACUUGAGCACCUGGUGGAGAUCAUCAAACCGGUUGUGGAUUCGUUGAAUUACACCUUUUCCCCCUUUGACAAUUCGAGGAAAUCAUCAAUUCGCCAUGUCAGUCUCGAGCUCGAUGGCAGAGGCCGCCUGGAGCCCGCUCCGAUCACCUCGGCUGAGGAUCCGAGCUUUGAGCUGAUGGGAGGUACGACGAAAGCGGUAUUUGGAAAAGAUACUUUGAUUACCCCGACCGGGAUGUACGCCAAUACCGAUACCCGCAUGAUGUGGAAUCUCACCACGAAUCUCUACCGAUUCACCCCAUCUGUCAUGAGCGACUUCCAUGUCCACACCGUGGACGAGAGAAUGCCUUUGGACGGCCAUCUCAAUACUACAAGAUUCAUCUACAAACUCAUCAAGAAUUCGGAAGGGUGGAGAGACUGAGUCAUUUGAUGAUGGCAUCGCUGUGCUAGCGCAUCCCCGCGUAUCGCCGAUGCAGUGCUCUCUUCAGUCUUUUGAUAGGAAGGAGAAGCGCUUGUAUGUAAAUCAGAGGCAAAAAUAGUAUUGGGUGCAGAGUACUUUAGAACGGACCAGCUGUGUUCGCAUUGAGAGAUGUCAAUCCCUAGUUGAAG